UAUACAACCCCUACACAAGGAACGGAAAGGUUAAGUUUUUUAUUAUACAGUGUAUGUCGUCAUUACAUUGAUUAAAAUAUGUGUGCAAUUUGCGAUGCAUGGGCAAGGACUAUAAAAAGUUCUCAAAAGAUACCUUAUAAAAAAUAGAGUAGUCUAUACAAUAAUUAUAUCGUAAAAAUCGAACACCUAAAUCCACUUCUCAGUCACGUGUCCAAUGCACUUCUACCCAAUGUCUACCGUGUCGCCAUCUUUCGGAGAUAAUUAUAAAAAAUGCAUUAACCAAUUCGUGCAAUCUACAUCUAUGCUAAGGUUAACACGUGGAUUUUAUUAAAGAAAAUAUUUACUUUUUAUAAAAGUAUUUAUAUCCUAAGGCAAAAUGCAGCACGACGAUGUUGUUUGGAGUAUAAUUAAUAAAUCCUUUUGUUCAUUUAAAGUGAACACCAAAACACAAAGAUUUUGUAGAAAUGAAUAUAACCUCACAGGAUUAUGCAGCCGGGCAUCGUGCCCUCUUGCAAAUAGUCAAUAUGCAACCAUUAGAGAAGAGAAUGGUAUUAUUUAUUUGUAUAUGAGAACUGCGGAAAGAGUACAUUUUCCUAAGGAUAUGUGGGAGAAAGUAAAACUUUCUAGAAAUUUUGAGAAAGCUAUCUAUCAAAUCAAUGAGAAUUUACUGUAUUGGCCAGGUUUUAUAAAAGCAAAAUGCAAACAGAGAUUUCUUAAGAUAACGCAAUACCUCAUACGUAUGAGAAAACUUAAACUAAGGAGACAGAAGAAAAUAGUACCACUUUCUAGGAAAAUUGAAAGACGUGAAAGACGUAGAGAAGAAAAGGCUCUUAUUGCUGCUAAAGUAGAAAACGUUAUCGAGAAGGAGCUUAUGGAAAGAUUAAAACAAGGAGUUUACAAUGAAAUUUACAACUUCCCACAAAAAGCAUUCGAUAAAGCUGUAGAGGCUGUUGAAGUUGAAGGCGAAGAUGAGAGUGAAGCGGAAAGCGAAAUGGAAGAGGAGAAAGAAAAUAUUGAAAAGGAAGUAGAAAUGGAAUUGGAAGCGGAUGAAAGGAGAGCUAUAGCUAAUGGACCACGAUACAUAGAAGCAGAAAGUGAUGAUGAAGAUGAUGAUUACAAUGAUGAAGAAGAAUACAAUUUUAAUGUAGAAUCUAUGGAUGAAGAUAGCGACUCUGGUCAGAAAGAAUUAGUUGAAUUAUCUGAUAAUUUUGAAUCGGACACUGAUGAUAUCGAGGAUAUUGUACCGUCAACGAGUAAAGCGAAACCAUCGAAAACUAAAUAUAAAAAAUCUCAAAAGAAGAAAAGAUUGCGCCCAAGAGUUGAAAUCGAAUAUGAAAUCGAGAAUGAACCUCCUGUACGACAAAAAGCAUAGAAAAAUGUUUAAAACAAAUUCUUCCAGUUAUAUUUUCAAUAAACUAAUUAAGUUUA